AAGCAAGUCUUUAAAGUAAAGAAAAAAAUAAUUUCAACAGGGGAAAAAUUCUCACUGCGAAUCAGAACUCAUACAUACGUCAUCACUUUGAGGAAAGCGGCUAGUAAAUUUCCUUUGCGCUCUCUCGAGGCGCAUUAAAAGGCAUCGUGUAAAAGAAGAUGGGUUGGCUCAAUGGUAGAGAUCUAUCAAAAACACAAAGAUACUCGAUCUAUUGGUUACUAUCAAUAUGAAUCAAAAGGAUUAUAUCUAUUAUUCUACAACCAAUAUAGCUCAAUGGCUCUCACAAAUGAUAAGCACACACUUUUUGAUUCUCAAGUCAAAAGAAAAAAGUAAAAAGAUGAAAUAGAAUCAAUUAAGAAUGCAAAUACCUUAAAGACUUACUUGUAUAGAAUUUUUGCGAUAAGAUCCGUAAAAGAGUCACGCAAUACCACUGCCUGUAGUUUUGGGGGCCAGUUUUAACCGAUUUUUCCUGGGCUUUCCCGGCCAU